AUGAAAUCGUUUGUUGCAGCAGUUGUGCUCUGUGUACUAUGUGUUUCAGUGAUCGGUGGAGUUAUCUUAGAUGACGUUGAACGAUCGCCAGUGAAGAUUCCCAUAAAUCACAUUUCACCUGUCACAGAAACUGCAAAGAACCAGUCUCGGAACGAGGAAGAAGAAAACAGACUUUCUACGUACGGAUAUUUGGCGUUCCCUGGGCAGUUUCCGUACCACGCAAAAGUGCUCAUUAAACCCAAAUCUCUCAGCUAUUUGCACUCCUGCGCUGGAUCGCUGAUUACACUCAAGUACGUUCUAACAACGGCUGCAUGUCUAUAUCGUUGGGUAAACGAAAACGACAUCGAGUACGCCUUUGUGACCUUGGGAUCACUGUUCAACGGUGACACGCAAUGGGAGCAGCGCAUCAACUUCACUGAUGAUGGAAUCCAUACACACCCGUUAUAUCACUAUUCGAACUAUGAGUUCAACAAUAUUGCAACGAUACAUUUGGAUUGUCCAGCGACGCUGAACCGUUAUGUUCAACCGAUCCGUUUGCCGCGUCUAACCGACAUGCGCACCUACGAGAUGAUGGAGGGCACUGCAUCGGGAGCCCAAUUUGUCGGUGGUUUAAAAUAUCUGCGCAAUCAGGUGAUGUCGAAUGAAGACUGCCAGCGAGACAUACUACCUGCUUACACCAUUACUGCACAGCACAUCUGUACGAAUUCUUUAAUCGGUGGAGUGUUCUGCAAUCGAGAAUAUGGAUCAUCGUUGACGGUGGAGGAUCAGAACGGCCGCGUGUUGGUUGGCUUUGCCGAUCAUUUGUUUCUGUGCUCUUCUAACUAUCCUACGCGUCAUAUGCGAGUUUCUUAUUUCCGCGACUGGAUUCAGAUGAAUUCAGAUUACAUAUUUGACUUGUAG